GUGGCGGAAAUGACGUUGUGUGGGGCGUGUCCGGUCCCGCACAAUGGGCCAUGGAGUUCCCGUUCGAUGUGGAUGCGCUGUUCCCGGAGCGGAUCACCGUGCUGGACCAGCACCUGCGGCCUCCGGCCCGCCGACCCGGAACCACAACGCCGGCCCGUGUGGAUCUGCAGCAGCAAAUCAUGACUAUUGUAGACGAGCUGGGCAAGGCCUCUGCCAAGGCCCAGCACCUUCCCGCACCCAUCACCAGUGCUUGCAGAAUGCAGAGUAACCGCCAUGUUGUUUAUAUACUAAAGGACACUUCAGCCCGAUCGGCAGGGAAAGGAGCCAUUAUUGGUUUCCUCAAAGUUGGAUACAAGAAGCUCUUUGUACUGGAUGACCGCGAAGCUCACAAUGAAGUAGAACCACUUUGCAUUCUGGAUUUCUACAUCCACGAGUCGGUGCAGCGGCACGGCCACGGACGGGAGCUCUUCCAGUAUAUGUUACAGGCUCCCAAUUUCCUGCUAGCAUGCUCCACCACCACCCCCUGCCCCCAAGUCUCCCAUUUCCUACAGAAAGAGCGAGUUGAACCACACCAGCUGGCCAUUGAUCGACCGUCACCAAAGCUGCUGAAGUUCCUGAACAAGCACUACAACCUGGAGACCACAGUCCCGCAGGUGAACAACUUUGUGAUCUUUGAAGGCUUCUUUGCCCAUCAGCAUCGGCCCCCAGCUCCCUCUCUGAGGGCAACUCGACACUCUCGUGCUUCGGAGGUCGAUCCCACGCCUGCUGCUCCAGCACGGAAGCUGCCACCAAAAAGGGCAGAGGGAGACAUCAAGCCAUACUCCUCCAGUGACAGAGAAUUCCUGAAGGUGGCUGUGGAGCCUCCUUGGCCCCUGAACAGGGCCCCUCGCCGCGCCACCCCUCCAGCUCACCCACCCCCACGCUCUAGCAGCCUGGGAAACUCUCCAGAUCGGGGUCCCCUCCGACCCUUUGUGCCAGAGCAAGAGCUGCUCCGCUCCCUGCGUCUCUGCCCCCCGCACCCCACUGCCCGCCUUCUGCUGGCCUCCGACCCUGGGGGCAGCCCAGCCCAGCGCAGACGCACCAGCUCCCUUCCCCGCUCUGAGGAGAGUCGAUACUGACAGACUGACAGCUGCCCCUUGCCCUCCUCCUUCCCCACCUGCAGCUCACUCUUCCAUUGAGAUUUUUUUCUUCCCCUUUCUUGAACAGCUGGGUUGCCAGGGUUCUAAAUAGCCUAACUCUUUGUAGCUUUUCUUACCACAGAAGACACCCCACACUCCCAACAUGUGCUCUGAACACUCUCCCACAGACAGCCCAUUCUGUUCCCAGAACUCUUGGGCUAAAUGGCUCCUGCUGACUCCCUAGAGAAGCACAUUCUCUGCUUGUGGUCAGACUCCAGACCACUGGAGAAGGUCCAAGGGCCUCUUCCGCCAGGGAAACCUUUAAAGAGUGUCCUGUCAGUGGAUAAUUCCCUCCACAGUGCCCACUGGUAGCUCUAAUCCUGCAUCCUGCUGCCAAACAAACCUGUCCGUUAGUCUGCUGAUGCCAGCCUGUGAGCAAGCUCUGCUUCAGAGCAGUCCAGGCUGCUGGGACAAGGACUCCUUGGCUUCCCAGCAGGGUCCUCCCAACAUUGCCAAACUUGUACUUUCCGACGUGUAGAUGUGUCACAUGUUGCUUUGGGGUCUCUUGGGGGACCCACAGACACCGCCACUUUCCUCAGAUGAUCUGAGUCUGUCUCUUGGCAGUAGAGACAGUGGUCCCAGCAAACGCCCCAGGACCACGUAGCUGUGUCUCUGAAGAUAAGCCCGGUCCAUUAGAUCCUGGACACCCCCAACCUCCCUGCCUCCCCAUAGACAGACUUGUGAGAUUGUCUUGGGAUGAGAUGGGGCCAUCCUUCUGCUGCCCUUACUCCUUUCCCUCCAUAGGAAGAUUCUCCUUCCCUGCCUCCAUGCCCAGGGUACAGAAAGACCCUUCCUCUCCCCGCCCCCGAACAUGUGGUAGAUCAGGUGCCCCACUGUGUUCCUCAAGUCCUUGGGAGCAGGACCUCCCUCCCUCCCUCCCUCGUUCCUCCUCCCUCUCAGUGGUGUCUCAAUAAAGUGUGGAUUCUUCUGUUUUCUAAAUUGACAUUUUCAACGAA